CAGACAGCUAUAAUGUAUAACAGUUAUAACAUGGAUCAGCAGGAGGCUUUCUGACGGUCUGUGCCGAGCUAGCGCUUUGCAGCGCGCUCUACCAAGUGAACCACCGGCUCAACAGUCCUUUUUUGGGCACAGGCUGGUCCCUCCUCCACUAGUGCUCCUCAUGUCUUCCGAAGGUUUCGCAAAAUCUGUGGUAAACGCAGAUCGCACACGACUGAAAGCUAUAUAUCCUCCUGGUUGACCCUGUUCUUCUUUCAAUUCUCCUCUGACCUUCCCAUCCCUACAAGCCGAGAGCCGGCAUCUCAAAGGUAUAUCGAACCUGCGUUGGGCUUGUGCAGAGUUUCAUCUGCAUCUUCAGCUUCCCAUAUCUUCAAGUCGAACGCCAAGAUGUCGUUGGCUCCUAUUAACUGGUUUAUACCAAUUGUUGUGACCGCUGGCGGUUGGUUGUUUGGCAAGAUAACGGAGAAUCUCCAUAUAUUUCCAGAACCCCCAGAUCACAGUACUCCCGAGGACACCAUUGUACGCAUCUGGGCUGGGAUGAAUGCGAAUAGAUCCACCAGUCUAUUGAGCAGCCUCGAAGGGUCGAAGCCUCAGGUGGUAUUGUAUGAUGAGCGUGGAGACCACAUAGGUGAUACCAAGCCGGGCGGUAAAAUAUUGGAGGGCGGGUUCCAGGAUUUCAUUAUCUCACCAGACAAGAAGGGCAACAAUGUUCGUCCAACCUACCUCCAAAUCAACAUCCACACCAUUGAUGCUAUCUGCAUCUCUGCCAUCCAAAUCCAGUACGCAGAUGGAGGUUGGAGCACGAUCUAUGGUGAUGUCCCUGUGCAAUUUUGUGGCUGGGCGGGAUACCCUUCAAUAACUCCAUUUUAUACGGGGAGUGACGGCAACGAUAUAUACAAACCAUGGUGCUUUUGGAUGGACAAAAAUGAUAGUUAUAACGACGACUGGAACGGCAGUACUUGGAAUCCUAAAGACCACUUUUCUCAAAGCGCCAAUUUCCACAUCCCCGACUUCAACGGCCAGCCAGAUGUUAUAUCUGCCUACCACGAGAACCAUGAUCUACUAUGCAACAGUGAGGGCCGAAUGCAGGGUCAUCCAUGGUGGCCGGAAACAAUCGCCGUCUUCAAGCCGCCGUUGUCAUAUGGUAAUAACGCCAGCGAUGCUCCCGGUGUCUCACACGAGAACAACAGCCUGGAUCCCAAGAUCGUGACUGACGACUUUGUCGGUGCCGGAGAAUGGCCACAGAGCGCAAAGAAUCCGCAUUACCUGGUAAAUUACAAGAAGCAUAAGAACGACAACGACAAAGACAACUACAACAAGAAACUUGCUGCGGGUGGCAGCAACAAAAUGUUAUAUGCCCUCUUCGACAGUGACGACCCCAGUUUCAGCGCCGAUUAUGUGUGCAGCCGACCGAACGUCUUCGGUCCGCACUAUGCCAACGCGUGGGAGCGUAAAUUCUGCAACCUCGACGAUCGCACUGUGUGGCCUUUCUGCGAUGACACCCACACAACCAAUUGCUUCGAUAUGGAGAGUCACACACUCUGGGGCAGCGCGUCUGCUCCUGCCAGCGGUAGUAUCGGUACAUUUGAUGUGGGUAGUGCGGCCAUUCGCACCCCCCUUUUGAGUCUGGCCGGUCGGUCAACCUUAGGCAUGUAAAGCCACGUUCGGCCAAACUACCUCCAGGAGUCCGACCAUGUUUUGCAGGCAGCAUCGAGCGGUCCUUUCAACAACGGACAUUGCCGUGGAGAGAAUGUGUUAAUCUUCAGCGCAACCUUCGGACGGCGUUACUGACACUGGAUGGCGUUAUUGAGAGUGGAUGGCGUUACUGAGAGUGGAUUGUGUUACUACCUAGUAAGGUUGAGGGUUGCUGCUUUUCUGCUUUUGGUCUUUUGAGAAUGUUGUAGUCAGUCCUCUUUCAACUAGAGGCAUCACGGUAUCUUGUUAUUCGAAAUCAGCAUAGGCCAAAUGUUCAGCAUUGCCACUUUCCAAUUGUGU